GCAAAUGGGAAGCGAAUUCCUCGUCGUCGUUGGAACCAGUCGUGCUUGCCCAAGUUUACUCUAGCAACAUUACGCGCGCACUGUCCGCGCCCGUCGUCAUCGGACCCUCUUUCCCGCUCGCAGCUUCCCACAAACCCAUUCCAUCAGUCUGUCCUCUCUGCCCCAAAGCCCUCAACUCCCUCCAACUUUACCUGCAACCCAUCUCUUCUCUCCACAACACAGCACAGCAUCCCUCCCACCACCACCACCAUCAUGUCGUUCCAGGACCGCGCUCAGCACCAGAUCUCCCAGCUCGACAAGGAGCUGUCCAAGUACCCUGCCCUCAACAACUUCGAGAAGCAGACCAAUGUCCCCAAGGUCUACGCCGUCCUCGGCCUCGCUGCCCUGUACUUCUUCCUCGUCUUCUUCAACAUUGCCGGCGAGUUCCUUGUCAACGUGGCUGGCUUCGCCCUGCCCGGCUACUACUCGCUGGAAGCUCUGUUCAGCGCUUCCAAGGUCGAUGACACUCAGUGGUUGACGUACUGGGUCGUCUAUGCCUUCUUGACCGUGUUCGAGAGCGCGGUUAACGCCGUCUACUGGUUCCCCUUCUACUACACCUUCAAGUUCGUCUUGAUCCUCUGGAUGGCUCUUCCCCAGACUUCUGGUGCCCAGAUUGUCUUCCGCUCCUUCAUCCAGCCCGUCUUCUCCCGCUUCUUCUCCCAGAGCGGUUCUACCGCUGCCAACCUCCGCUCCCAGGCGGAUGAGGCCUCCAAGGACAUCUAAGGCGCCCAGUCGCUUUGCAUGCAACACCUUUGGACCGAAGCGGCUAAGAUAACCUGCUGGUCAUACCCCCAAUUGACAAGCUUUACGGGACAAUGACGCUCUUACGAUACGAUGCUCGCGGCGACGAGGAAUGCUUAAAAAUGGGGUUUUUGGCCCCCAUGUUAGGGAAGCAACAGCUAUUUUUGGUGAGCGAAUGGCGGUUGUUGAAGGAAUGGAGUGGUAUCAAUAGAUCGUCGAAAUUAUGAUGAGGACGUUGAGCCCACUUUUUUGGUCUUUGUUCUUCUUUGCGAACGUUUGAUCACGGUGCUUGGUAGAGGUUUCUUGCCAGGUCCAUGUACCUACCUUACUGUCAUGCCCAAAAUAAUUUGGUGGCAAUUUUACUCCAUUCCAUAUCAGUUUCAACAUUGCAGAGC